AUGUUCAAUGAUGGGCUUUCUUUGGGUCUUCUCUUACUUAGUCUUGUCUUUACAAGAGUUUUAGCUGAAAAUGGGAAUGACUUCUACAUUGUUUUCUUGAGAGAUCAGACUACGAGUGAGAGACCGACACUUGUCGAGACGCAUUUGAAUAUCCUUUCAUCUUUGAAGGGAAGUGAAGAUGCUGCUGCAGAGGCUCUUGCUUAUAGCUACACAAAAAGUUUCAAUGCAUUUGCAGCAAAGCUUUCUGAAGAUGAAGGCACAAAGCUAUCGAGUAUGGAUAAAGUUGCCUCGGUUUUCCAAAACCGAUACAGGAAACUACACACGACAAGAUCAUGGGAUUUCCUCCGACUAACUCAACAGUCAAAGAGGAAUUUGGAAGUUGAGAGCGACAUCAUAGUUGGAAUGCUUGACUCAGGAAUUUCGCCCGACUCCGAGAGCUUUAACGACCAAGGUUUCGGCCCUCCACCGAAAAAAUGGAAAGGAAGUUGCCCCAAAGCUGCAAAUUUUUCCGGAUGCAACAACAAGCUGAUUGGUGCAAAGUACUACAAGAUAGACAAGCAGCCAGACCCGAACGACAUCCUGUCUCCCGUGGACAUGCAAGGCCACGGGACCCACACAUCAUCGACCGCGGCAGGGAGCGCGGUCAAGCGAGCGAGCCUAUUCGGAAUUGGAGAGGGCACGGCCCGGGGGGCAGUGCCUUCGGCCCGUGUGGCAAUGUACAAGGUGUGUUGGGGCUCGGGUGGAUGCGCGGACAUGGACUUGCUUGCGGCAUUUGACGAUGCCAUACACGACGGGGUUGAUGUCAUAUCCCUUUCGCUCGGGGGCUACACGGGACGCUAUAAUGAGGAUGUCAUAAGCAUUGGUGCCUUCCGGGCCUCGAGCAAGGGGAUCCUCACGGUGGCCUCAGCAGGGAACUCUGGGCCGGACCAAGGGUCAGUCACGAACCAUGCACCCUGGAUACUGACAGUGGCGGCCAGUGGCAUCGACCGCCAGUUCAGGAGUAGGGUGUUGUUGGGCAACGGGGCCACGUUGUCGGGAAUUGGAAUUAGCCCAAUUGAGCCAAAGCAAGACUUGUAUCCUCUGGCAAGUGGGGCUGAUGUGGCCAGUGACUCUCGUAAUAAGGAAGCUGCAAGGUCCUGUUAUGACGAUUCAAUGGAUCCUAAGAAGGUGAAAGGGAAGAUCAUAUACUGCUUCGAGGGCACGGGCCGGGCGGAUUCCAUCAUCAAAGGUCUCGGGGGCAUUGGCGCCAUAAUUGAGGGUGACAGCUUUUCUGAUACAGGAUUUGUGUACAUGGCCCCAGCAACCGUUGUUAAUUCGACUGUAGGGAAUACAAUCGAGCACUACAUGAAUUCCACAAAAAAACCGUCCGCAGUCGUACACAAAACCGAGGAAUUUAAAAUUAGUGCUCCUGUUGUGGCUUCAUUUUCUUCAAGGGGUCCAAAUCCUGGAUCCCAACACCUUCUCAAGCCUGAUAUUACAGCCCCGGGGAUCGACAUCCUAGCGGCUUACACUCCUUUGAGGACUAUAACAGGAAGGGACGGCGACAAACUGUACUCCAAAUUCAGCGUUUUAUCUGGCACCUCAAUGUCCUGCCCACACGUCUCAGGGGCUGCUGCCUAUGUGAAAUCUUUCCACCCCGACUGGUCGCCUGCCGCCAUAAAAUCAGCCAUUUUGACCACAGCGAGACCAAUGAGCACAAGGGUGGACAAGGAUGCCGAAUUCGCGUACGGCACAGGCCAAGUUUAUCCAAACAGGGCUAUCAACCCUGGGCUGGUCUACGACAUGGAUGACAUGUCGUAUAUUCAGUUUCUAUGUCACGAAAACUAUAGUGGGUCAGCAAUUGGUACCUUAACCGGGCGCGGGACGGUGGACUGUUCGAAACUGGCCCCGGCGAGCCCAGAGGAUGCCCUCAACUACCCGACCAUGCAGCUCGCGUUAAAAACCGAUCAAGAGGCGACCGUGGCCGUUUUCCAGAGGACCGUCACGAAUGUGGGCCCUCCAGGGUCGGUUUACAAUGCCACCAUCCAGGCCCCGAAAGGGGUCGUUAUAACCGUGAAGCCCACGAAACUCUCGUUUUCCGAGGCCUUGCAGAAGAAGAGCUUCAAAGUUGUGGUGACGGCGAAGCCUAUGUCCAACAGGAGGGCUAUUGCGUCGGGUUUGCUCACGUGGGAAAGCACAGAUAUCCGUGUGAGGAGUCCGAUUGUCGUUUUCAACCCGUAUGCAACUCAAGACAGGAAUUCGGAAAUAAAUGACCACCUGCGCACCUCCGUCUGUCGCCAGCCGCCGCCCGCGGCUGCGACAGAACUCUCUCCGACGCACACAAUGUUUAUUCUGCACUCGCCGGUUGUCAGAGCUUUAUCAUCUCCUGGUCAUCUGAAAGUCAGUUCCGUCCGCCGCCGCCUCUGA